AUGCGUGCUCAAGUCCUACAACGGUUCAAUGAACCGUACACCUUCACGACCGAGCACCCUGCGCCGGCUCCGCCGAAGGGACAUGAACUCCUCAUCCACGUCAAGGCGGCCUCGUACUGCCACACGGACGCCGUCUUUGUGAGUGGUGCCAUGUCGCAAGACCUGCCGCGCAUCGGCUCUCACGAGUUUGCCGGCGUCGUGGAGCAGAUCGGCCCCGACGCACAGAAGAUCGCCGAGGCAAAGGGGCUGAAGGUCGGUAGCUUGGUAGGUGUUCCCGGGAGAGCGUUCAACCCGUGCGGCCAGUGUAAGGAGUGCACGGAGAAUGGUGGGGAUAUGAAAGGGUACGGGGUCUGGUGUACGAAAGCGGGCAAUCUGGGGAUGACCAAAGACGGCGGGUUCCAGGAGUGGUGUCUGGUGGAUGUCCGGCAGGUUGCCCGCGUGCCCGAGGGAGGAAGCAUGCGGGCGGUGGAUAUUGCGCCGUUGAUGUGCGCGGGAGUCACGGUUUGGAAUUCCCUCGAGGCGGCCGGCGUGGAUCCUACCGCGGGGAAGGAACAUGGCCAAGGCAAAUACGUUGCGAUUCUGGGAGCAGGGGGUGGAUUGGGACAUCUGGGCGUGCAGUUUGCGGCCAAGCUGGGGUGGAACGUUGUCGCCGUCGACACGACGCCCGCCAUGGGAAUGCUGAAGAACGUGAUUGAGGAACUUGGAGAGGACGGCAAGAGAGUUACGACGGUGGAUGCGUUGAAGGAAUCGGUGGAUGACGCGAAGAAGCGCAUCUUCGGCGAGCCCGAAAAAGGUCUAGAGGGCGAAAAGGGUUGCGACUCGUCCAUCAUCCUCCCUGAAUCGCAGGCCGCCUUUGAUUUUGGCAUGGGCGUGUUGAGAAACCACGGCACUUGUGUGGCCGUGAGUUUCCCCAAAGACGGGUGGAGGUUCAAGCCCGGCGAUCUGGUGUUCCGACACAUCAAGCUGGUCGGCGUCUUGACUGGAAGGAACCGACAGUUGCAGGCCAUGGUCGAUUUCGCUGCCAAAAACGGUGUCAGGGCAAAGAUCAGGACGUAUGCGCUGGAAAACUUGAAUGAGUUGGUCGAGGACUAUCACCGGGGCGUGGGUGGGAAGCUGGUCGUAGAUAUGGAGAUGAAACCAUAG